AGCGCGGCGAGGCCGGGCGAGGCGGCAGCGGCGGCCCCAUGCAGGACGCGGAGAACGUGGCGGCGCCCGAGGCGGCCGAGCCCGGGCAGCAGCAGCAGCAGCAGCAGCCGGCCGCUGAGCCGCCGCCGGGGGAGGAGCCGCCGCGGCCCGCGGGGCCCGGCGCGCAGGAGGCGGCGGGCGGCGAGGACGCGGAGGCCGGGCCGGAGCCCGACGUGCUGGCCAAGCCGGCCGAGCCCGCGGCCGACGGAGAGGAGAGGGCGGCCUCGGCCCCCGGCCCGUCCCCGCCGCCGCCGGCCGAGGGAGCCCCCGCCCCGGCCGCGGGUGAGGCCCCGGCGGAGCAGGCCGGGGACGCGGGGGCCGAGGCCCGGUCCGAGGGGGCGGGCGGGGAGGAUGGCGGCGCCGACGAGCCCUCCUUCAGCGACCCCGAGGACUUCGUGGACGACGUGAGCGAGGAAGAACUGCUGGGGGACAUUCUCAAGGACCGGCCCCAGGAGGCCGACGGGAUCGACUCGGUGAUCGUGGUCGACAACGUGCCUCAGGUGGGGCCCGACCGCCUGGAGAAGCUCAAAAACGUCAUCCAUAAGAUCUUUUCCAAGUUUGGGAAAAUCACAAAUGACUUUUACCCGGAGGAGGAUGGAAAGACUAAAGGGUAUACGUUCCUAGAAUACGCAUCCCCUGGCCACGCCUUGGACGCCGUGAAGAAUGCUGAUGGUUACAAGCUGGACAAGCAGCACACGUUCAGGGUCAACCUCUUCACGGACUUCGACAAGUAUAUGACCAUCAGUGACGAGUGGGAUAUCCCAGAAAAACAACCUUUCAAAGACUUGGGAAAUUUACGUUACUGGCUCGAAGAGGCAGAAUGCAGAGAUCAGUACAGUGUCAUUUUUGAGAGUGGAGACCGUACUUCCAUAUUCUGGAACGACGUGAAGGAUCCUGUCUCUAUCGAAGAGAGAGCGAGAUGGACGGAGACGUAUGUGCGCUGGUCUCCCAAGGGCACCUACCUGGCCACGUUCCAUCAGCGAGGCAUUGCUCUCUGGGGCGGAGAGAAAUUCAAACAAAUCCAGAGAUUUAGCCAUCAGGGGGUUCAGCUCAUUGACUUCUCACCUUGUGAAAGAUACCUGGUGACAUUCAGCCCCCUCAUGGACACCCAGGAUGACCCUCAAGCCAUCAUCAUCUGGGACAUCCUGACCGGACAGAAGAAGAGGGGUUUUCACUGCGAAAGCUCAGCCCAUUGGCCUAUCUUUAAGUGGAGCCACGAUGGUAAAUUCUUUGCCAGAAUGACACUCGACACUCUUAGCAUCUAUGAAACUCCUUCUAUGGGCCUUUUGGACAAGAAGAGCUUGAAGAUCUCCGGCAUAAAGGACUUCUCGUGGUCUCCCGGGGGUAACAUCAUAGCCUUUUGGGUGCCUGAGGACAAAGAUAUCCCGGCCAGGGUGACCCUGAUGCAGCUUCCCACCAGACAAGAGAUCAGGGUUAGGAAUCUGUUCAACGUGGUGGACUGCAAGCUGCACUGGCAGAAAAAUGGGGAUUACUUGUGUGUUAAAGUGGAUAGGACCCCCAAAGGGACCCAGGGCGUGGUCACAAAUUUUGAAAUUUUCCGAAUGAGGGAAAAACAGGUACCUGUCGACGUGGUGGAAAUGAAAGAAACCAUCAUAGCCUUUGCCUGGGAGCCAAACGGGAGUAAGUUUGCUGUGCUGCAUGGGGAGGCUCCUCGGAUAUCCGUUUCCUUCUACCAUGUGAAGAACAACGGGAAGAUUGAACUUAUCAAAAUGUUUGAUAAGCAGCAGGCAAAUACCAUCUUCUGGAGCCCCCAGGGACAGUUCGUCGUGUUGGCUGGCUUGAGGAGUAUGAACGGCGCCUUGGCUUUUGUUGACACGUCGGACUGUACGGUCAUGAACAUUGCAGAGCACUACAUGGCUUCCGACGUGGAGUGGGACCCCACGGGGCGCUACGUUGUCACGUCUGUGUCCUGGUGGAGCCAUAAGGUGGACAACGCCUACUGGCUGUGGACUUUCCAAGGACGCCUCCUGCAGAAGAACAACAAGGACCGCUUUUGCCAGCUGCUGUGGAGACCUCGGCCCCCCACGCUCCUGAGCCAGGAUCAGAUAAAGCAAAUUAAAAAAGAUCUGAAGAAAUAUUCUAAGAUCUUUGAACAGAAGGAUCGUCUGAGUCAAUCCAAAGCCUCAAAGGAACUGGUGGAAAGAAGACGCACCAUGAUGGAAGAUUUCCGAAAAUACCGGAAAAUGGCCCAAGAACUCUACAUGGAGCAGAAGAGUGAACGUCUGGAGCUGCGAGGAGGCGUGGACACGGACGAGCUGGACAGCAACGUGGAGGAUUGGGAGGAGGAGACCAUCGAGUUCUUCGUCACUGAGGAGAUCAUUCCCUUGGGAAAUCAGGAGUGACCCGAGCACCGUGCGUCCCUGCGUUGCGUGCUGGACCCCGGUCGUCCUGCUGCAGGAAGCCUGCACGAGGCCUGAACUGUCCCCUGUGCUUUCUCUGGCUCCAGACUCUGCACCCGGACUCCCCCAUCUCCACACGUUACUGUGCCUUUCACCCCUGGUCUCCACCGCAGGGGAGGAUCCAAGGCACCGCUUGCAGUUUUUUCUCGUUCGGGGUUUUUAAAAUCACGCCACCGGUGUUGGUUCCUCACAGUCGUGCGCUGCUGCGGCGGCCCCUCCCGCCCUGAGCGCACAGCCGAGCGGUCCCCCUCGAGGACUCGUCCUGCCCUGUGCGCGCGGCCCGCCCUGGCCAUGUCCCGGGCACCGCAGGGAAGCAGCGCCCCGCGGUGUCCUGGCGCCGUUCGGGUUGUGCCGCCUUCUCUCAAUGGGCUGAGCGUGGAAAUAAAAGCAAACCUGUACGAAAACACUGUCUUUCUCCUGUCUUUACACGUACGUAGCAGCCUCGAGGCUGGUGCCCGUGCCCCGGCCGUGGCGGCGCUCUGGGCUCGGCCCGCCCGCAGCUGCUGGCCCCCGAGGCCCACGCGGCCAGGAGGCAGGCCUCCAACCUCGUCGAGCGGUUGUGCGUUCCAGCCGAGCUCUGUAAAGUGAAGUAGCAGCCCCGUCCAGCUUUUUUGCGUCCUGUGCUCAUUUCGCCUGCUGGGAGAAGCCCCUCUGCGCUUUGCUCGGAGCCCUGCACACUUGACCUCGUCCACGAGAGUUGCCACUUGAGCCACUGUUGUGUGGGCCUCCGAAUACCUUUGCUCCUGAAACCUGGGCGAACGAGUCCGUGUGACCUCAGCCGGUUACUUGCGUCUGCUACGCGUCGAUGCAUCGGUGCCUUGUCCGCGGCCGCGCUUCUGUCUGUCGUCCGGGAGCCCGACGCGUGGCGUGCGAAGCAGCGGAGCCCAGGACGGGCACGCCGCAGACGCAUGGGCCUGAAAUGUUCUGGGAUUGGAGGAUAAGCGGUCGUCUGCGGGGCCUGGGCUGUCCACGACCCGCGGGGGCCGUGCCGGAGGGGCGGUCGGGCGGCCUGCCGCAGCCCCAAGUCCGGCUGCGAGGCACGCUUGGCGCUCCAUCCCCGGUUCCAGUCGCCAUGCUUAGCUCCCCGUCGACACACGGGGCCCGGGGUCUCGCUCGCGCUCACGUCCUUUAAACCUUAGCGUGCCAGGUCCUGGGUUUUACAUUUGAUGGCGGUGAGAAGGAAGAGGCCCAGGCUUUGGUCAUUUUCACAGAUUUUUAA